AUGGCUCUUCUCAAUCCGACCUUCAUCUUCGGCAUCUUCGUCCUUCUCUACCUCUCGUCCUUCGUCGCCUUCGCCGUCAUCCGCAUCCUCACCGGAGUCUCGAUCCAGCGCAUUGGCUACUUCUCCCUCAGGCGGCUAGCUUACACCCCACGCGAUGGGUUCAAGAUCGAGAUUCGGGGUCUUGGGCUCAAUGUCCACCGCCCGACUUUCGCGCAGCCCACCUGGCUCAGUAUCGUCGUUAGCGAACUCGCUGUCACCGUCGACAUGGCGGAACUUGGAAGGAUACAAGGGAGCGGCGAUGGUGCGGGUGACAGUGCCGACGGCGAGGAGUGCGAUGAUCCUGGCAACUCGGAGACGAAGCCCAAGGCUGCACCCGAUGCAACCAAGAUACCGUCUAUUCGGCGUGACAACUCUGCCGCUCCACGGAGCGAGACCUGGAAUCACCUCAUGAGGGUUAAGGACCGUAUCAAGCGCCUGCACCGAAAAGUCAACUGGCUACGGAUGGUGGACGUCGUGGCGACCAAUUCUACUGUCAAAGUUGUGGGUGUUGGCAAUGUCCAGUUCGGGAGCUUUACGAUUGCCGUUGAUACGAGGCGAAAGAUGGUCGAUCGAGUGCGAUUCUUCCUGCAAGGCCGCGCGGGCAAGAAGCAGCGCGAGGAACAGCAGGCAGAAUGGAUAAUGUCCCUGAGGAGUGUACUCUUCACGGCGGUCGGCAAGGAGUCACUGGAAGUGUUGGAUACCGCGUCGUUGAACGUGCAUGGCUUUCUCUACAAGGCUCUCGAUGGCCUCCGCGACGCCGCCAUCUCCCUCAAGCUUGGGCGCGUCCAUAUCCCUUACGACGACAUCCUCCAGAGCCUGAAUCGAUACGAGGCCCUCAGAACCACGACGGACAAGCCCUCCUUGGGAGGCGAUGAUUCCGAAGUCACUGUCGAGAAGGUCAUUCGAGAACUUGAUGCGCCAGGGAGCUCAGAUAACGACUUUGUGCAGACGGUAUCCGAUUCGAAAGAGUUCGUGAGUUCAAUCCUAAGGGGGAUCAGGGAGGUCCAGCUCGCCAUCACUUUUAUCGGCUUUGCGAAGAAGAUAGACGCCAUACAAACGUCCGGCCCGCCGGUCAUGCUCAACGCGUCCAUGAAGGAGGUCGUCGUCGAUCUCCACCGCCUUGACCCGAAAUCCCCGGCGCAUAGAAUGUACUUCCCGUCAAAAGACAUUGCACACGAGGCGCUGGCUGCGGCUCUAUCCAUCUCGAUUGGCGUUGACGAAGGACACGGCAAACCUGAGCGGCUAGUGUACAUCCCGAUGGCGACCACAACGGUCAAGACGACGUUGCCAUCGAAAACGGUCGAGCUCGCGGAUGACAUAUCGCCCGAGGAGAGGAAUGCGAACAUACUAUUUGCCAACUCGGUAGUCACGUCCCCGUCCGUCGAUCUUGAUCCCCGGCACCUCCCCUUGCUCCUGGCAAUGCUGCGCGCGAAGCCCGCAGCACCCAAAGCACAGCACCGGCAGCAUCACAUGCUCAUCUCGCGCUUGCUUCCCAAAGCGAGCAUCAAGUUUUCGAUGCAUGAGCCUGUCCUGAGGAUAUCGCUACCCCCCGUGCAGAAGAGCCAGGAUCCGGACGACUUUGAUCUCAUCAUAUCCUCGAUAUCGUCCGUAUCCCUGGAUCUCGAAUCGUCCCACUCGGAUGUCGAGGAAUUACACUACUCACUAGCCUCCACAAUGAGGCUCCAGGCCCAUCAACUCUACUACCAGACUUCGGUUGGCAAUCGGUACGACCUCCUCGAGACGGAGUCGUUUGAGUUGAAAUUGAACCUGAGCGCCUCGCCGGAUGUGCACGUUGUUGCGACCGGCAACCUUCAGACGUUCUCCAUCAAGAUGGUGAGGCCAGAGGUCAUCGACGGGCUGCGACAGAUAGUACGGCAGCUUCGCCUCGACGUCGAGUCAGACAAACGAGCCACGUCAAAAUCUGCGAAACAUUCCAAUUUCUUGAGGGGGAUGCCCGCCUGGCUCUUGCACUUCCAGAUCCAAGCCUCGGACUUCAGCCUAGAGGUUGCCGGUGUCGAUGAAGAGAUCUCGAGGGACACGCGCGGCGUUGCCAUCCAAUUGGAGUCCUGGUCGGCAGAAUAUCGAGCGCAGAAGCUCGAUGGCCUUCAGAGGCGGCUGUCUCGCCGAAGAACCAACAGCUGGACCUCGAUAAAUCCCGACAUCGAGCUCCUUAGGACCGUGCCCAUGUCGCCCAGGAAGAAGUACAGUGGUGCGGGAGAUGGACGCCGGGUUGCGUUUCAUGUCCGCGGGCUCGAAGCGUUCGUUGUCGAGUCCGCCGAGAAGUGGGAGCUUGAGCCGUUCGUAAACAUCCCUAGGUUCGAGGUUGCCUUCUCGACCCUGAGUGACGCCCAAGGGCCGGUUUUCCACAUCCACUCCCACGUGAGGACACUUCUUCUGCAGUAUUCGCUGUACCGCCACUAUGCUAUCGGCGUUGCAAUGGUGGUCUUGCAGAAGGCCUUCAUGCGAACGAGCCGGGACACAGCUGCUGCACGGGCAACGAGGUCGAUGCCUUUGCAGAAACCCCUGGUCGAAUACCUUGGGGUCCCUACGGAGGCGGUGCCUGACUUCCCGCUGGGUGGUCAAGAUUCAACGCAGUCUAGGUCCCCCCAAGAGUUGAUCGCAGUCGACUUCAAGGCCGCCCUCGUGCAGAUAAAGGCCGACAUGCCCGCAGAUCCGCCUUUGAUGAUACAAAUAUAUGGCAUCGAAGCGGGGCGGCAUCGUUGGUCGUCCCCCUUCGUCCAGUCCAAGCUCAUACGACUCUACGCCGAGGCUCCAAGAAUGCGUAAGGUAUGGGCUCGGAUGAUCAGCAUCAAGAAUGGCCGGAUGGACUACCGGGAAUCCCGAAGGAAGACGUCGACCGGAAGCUUGUAUGAGGAGAGGAUGUUUGACGUCGUGGCCGAUGCCAUACGUGUAGCCGUGCCUCACGAGAUGAUUGUCUACAAGAUCACGGACAACUUCAUCAACGUGUUCAAGUCGGUCAUGCAGCUACACCAUAGGUUCAAAACCGGCACCAACGAAUACAUCCUCGACAAGGCCCCCGAGCCGCCCAAAAAGGUGCCCAAGGUUUCGCUGCGGACCAGGACGCUCUUGUUUGAGUUGGAGGAUGGAGCCUUUGAGUGGAAACUAGGCAUGAUAUAUCGAGCCGGUCGAGUUGAACAGAUGCAGCGCCAGGCUCGCGAGGAGGCUUUCCGGGUCAAGGUAAAGAAGAUCCACGAGGAGGAGGCGAGGAAAGAAUCCAGCAGGUUCCGCGCUCGUUCGGCCAUGCACAGGGGGCGCACACGCACGUCGACCGGCAUGCAUCAGAGGAGCAGCAGCGCAGAUGGCCGCACCCGUGCCAGCAUUGACGAACACCCUCGUGGGCGAGCCCCAAGGUACGAUCCCGAGGGCGGGUGCACGGGGAUGAGCGGGAAGGCACAUGUCUCCAUCGCUGAGGCCAGACACAACAUCAACGUGCACAAUGCCCAGAGCUGGAAGAAGCGGAUCGACCGUCACUUCUUGAUGGCGAAGAACGGCAUGAAGGACCUGCGCGGCCUCUUUUGGGGCCGGGACGAGAUCCCGGAUGACCUGGACGACAGUGAGAACAUACUUGAGAUCCCGCAACGACCGGCUUUGAUGUCGGCUCUCAUCAUGGAGCUCCACGUCAUGAUCGACAAGCCCUCAUUCCCGAUGAAGGAGCUCCCGGACUUCCUCCACAAAGUUGGGAAAGGGAUGCCUCGCGACAUGCAAUACUCGCUCCUCGUUCCUAUGAACGUUCAGAUCGACAUGGGCGAGGCCCGGGUCUCGCUCAGAGACUACCCUCUUCCGCUCAUGCACGUGCCCAGCAUUAAAGCCGGACAGUCGUCGAGACUGCCUGCCCUCUCCAUGCGAACGGACUUUGUCAUUGCGGAGGAAUUCAGGGGCGUGGAGUCGACCAGGCGCAUCAAGGUCAAUAUCAUCCCGCCGCGGAGCCCUUGCCCGGGGGCUCCAAACGAGGGCAGCUUUGCUAUCGACGUGCGGAGGACGAUAGGCCCGGUGAAGUCGUACUCGGACAUGACCAUCGACAUCAACACCGCUCACCCAACCCGCAUCACCUGGGGACCUUCGUACCAGCCAGCCAUCCAAGAUAUGAUGAUGGUCAUCGAGUCGUUUACGAAGCCGCAGCUGGACCCCUCGGACAAUGUUGGAUUCUGGGACAAGAUCCGCCUUAAUUUCCACUCGCGGGUUCGGGUUGCCUGGCGUGAUGGCGGCGACGUGCAUCUGGCCCUGAAGGGCACCCGCGACCCCUAUCAAGUCACGGGCAACGGCGCCGGCUUUUUGAUGUGCUGGCGCCACGAUGUCAGAUGGAACGUCCACACAGACGACGAUCCGAAGCGAUUCAUGAGCGUCGACAGCGGCGAGUACGUGCUUGCCGUUCCCGACUACAGCCAUCAAGUCCGUGAGGCGAGACGCGCUGCGGGCGAGGACGACAGCGUGGCCAGCGAUGACAGCUACAAGUCUGGCGCGUCGUUCAAGAAGGUCGCCAUGAAGUUGUCCGGGAAGGUGCAAUGGCUCGCUGGCCUCGUCUUCGAGAAAGCAAUCGAGAAUGGCCGCAGGAACUUCAAGUUCAAGCCCCAUUAUGAUGUCGUCCUCAAGUCGCCUCUCUUCGCCAAAUCGCACGACGGCCUCCCGUACGAUGCUUUCCGAGGAUUCCGGAGCCAGCAUAUCCAUCUGUCGAUCGCGGUCCUGGCACCCGUCGACCGGGAGUGGUCGGCUCACAAUCUCGAACCGUCAAGGAGCUAUAAUGCCGUCCAUCUCACCCCGCGGCUCUUCACCCACUUCUUCGCAUGGUGGUCUCUCUUUAGCGGGCCAAUGUCGCUUCCAAUCCGCCAGGGCUCCCUGUGGCCGGGUCGCGAGAAAAACAGCAAGAAAUUCGGGAGACAUCUCGCGACGAUAAAAUACAAUCUGCUACUGGCUCCCCUCUUCCUGAGUCAUAUUUACAAGCACAAAGAGUUCGACGAUUACUCGGAAAACGCCGUCUCGGCCACUGGGAUAAAGGUCCGGUUUGAUAAUUUCAUGCUCGACCUGCACCAGAGGCGGGAGGAGUUCAACACCAGAGACCGGGGCGACCGGGGCCCUAGGACUCACAGCCGGACUUCGGGGAUGAAGAUACACGCAGGCCAGCUCGAUCUGGUCUCCGCCGACAUCCGUGCUGUCUCUGCUAGUAUCCGGGGUACGACGACAGAGGCCAUGAGGAAGCACUCGGUAUCAACGUUUGUCACGCAGCAAGGCGAAGACGGCACUGAUCUCUCCCGCUUUACGAUCCCGGACAACGACUUCAGCUGGAUCGACAUGGACGACUUUGUCGAGCUUGACUGGAUACUGCCGACCGAGCCCAACCCGGACACGAAGAUCCUCCCGCUUGCCUGUGCCCCCCGCAUCACGUACUUCCGCCAGACAGACAUCGGCGGCAUGAUUGCCGGUGACCCCCACAGGACCAGCCCCUUUGGCGACGAGCCUACCCACUUCUGCAUCAUGACCCAGGACGACGACCCCCGGCGCGUCCAGGCGCAGCUCAUCCGCCAGCGCCUGGAGCAGCUCAGCCAGCAGAUCGAGACGCACACUCGCAAUAUCGGGGAGGUUGAGCUGCGGCUGAUCAGAGCCGUGAAUGACGACCAGGGGCUCCGGGACGAGUUCGAUAGUCUCAACCGCCACAUUGCCGUCCUGACAGAGAGGAAGAUUUUCCUGGAGGGCAUGCUUAGGCAGAUGUCCCCAAAUUCAUCCGGUGAUGACUUGAACACCCGGCACGGCGGCGGUGGCUGCAGGAAGGCGUCUGAGACCUCGAUCGAGCUGAAGGACGGGACCAUGGCCAUACCUACCGCGACAGAGUUCGCCAGCGACUUCAAGAACCGAUUCGUCGUCCACAACUUGCAGCUCAAGUGGAACAACACCCUGCGGAACAUCAUCCUCCGCUACAUACACCAAGUCAGCCAGCGGCGGGGCUUUAUCUACUAUCUCUCACGGCCGGCCAUCAAGUUCAUCCUGGACAUGGUCGAGGAGCAGACGAAGCUGAAGACGGCGGCGACGGGUAACAACAAUGCCUCACCCGCAUCGGGUGCCGCUCCUGGUGCCUCUCCCGACCCAAACUGCAAGGAUGGUCAUGCCGAUAAAGACAUCGAGGACAGGAUCCGCAAGAUCCUCCAAGACGGCAAGAAAUUUGUCAACGCCGAGGAGAGCGGCCCUGGUUCGGCGGCGAACAUAUCCAUGGAAGACUUGUCCAGCGGAAUAGCCGAAGGCUUCACCCCCCAGAACAGCUACCACGUGCGCCUCAUCGCACCGCAGAUCCAACUGCAGAGCGACAGGAACAAGAAGCACGUUGUCCUUAUCACGGCCAAGGGCAUGGAGCUCAAGGCUGUGGAGGUCAUGGACAAGGACAGGAUCUCGGAUAUUGUCAGCGGCCUGGUCCAGCGCCGCAUCCUCGUCAACAUGGACAGCACCCAGUUCUUCGUUACUCACCAGAAGUGGUUCUCGACCCAACUCGUCUCCAUGUACUCGGGAAGCACCUACGGCACGCCCAGUGGAUCCUCAUGGCCGCCGUGGGUUCCCAUGGAGGUCAUGUUCGACUUCCAGACGGAUCCGUUUGGGUUCAAGCGAGUCGUGCAAAAGACAUCGGCAAUGCUGCGCUAUGACAAGUUCAACACCCUCCGGCUCAAGUACAGCGACGAGGUAAACACCGACGACUGUGCGACCGAUACCGCGCACGAGAAUGCCGAGAGCAGGAUGGACAACCUCUGGGUCGAGUUCCCGCAAGCCCGGGCGCUGUGCAACUCGUCCCAGUAUUACGCCAUGUUCAUCAUCGUGGUCGACCUGCUCAUGUACAACGAGCCGCUGGAGAAGACGCGGAGCGAGAGACUCGAGAAGAUCAUACUUGCCUCCGAUUUCAGCGACCUCAGGGGGGCGCCUGAGAUGGUGAUCAAGUUGCAGGAGCGCGUCAGGCAGCUCGAGGACAUCAAGACGCACUUCCAGGUCCACUCCAAGUACCUCGACAAGAAGGGCUGGCAAGACCGACUCACCCUGGAACGGGACCUGGCCAUCUGCGAGGACGAGCUGUUCUUCAUGAUGAAGGCUAUCACGACUUCGCAGAGAAAGUACGACAACACGACGAGCAACGCGCUUCUCAAGUGGAACAUCUCCGCACGAGAGAUUGUCUGGCACCUCAUCCGCAACAACAACGAACCUCUCGUGGAGCUGCAGCUGAAGGACGUCGAGUAUGAUCGAACAGACAAUCUGGACGGGUCGCACAUCAACCUGAUCCAGGUCGGGAGAAUCCUAGGCCUCAACUUGCUCCCGGACGCCAUCUACCCAACCAUGAUUGCCCCCUAUCUGGAGUCGGAGAAAGGAGUCGCGGGGCUCGGCACCCAGCCGAUGAUCCGGGUUUACUGGAACAUGCUCGAGGCUAUUGCGGGCAUCCCCGUCAUGGACCACGUCGAGGUCAAUCUGUUCCCCAUGAAGAUACAGCUCGAACGGGAGGUAGGAAAGAAGAUCUUCGAGUAUAUCUUCCCGGGCUCUGGCGGGGACAAGGCGUCCACAAACGGCAAAAACACGUCGUCGCUCGUGCUCAAGGGCUCGCUGCCCGACACCGAAGAAGAUCCGACCGAAACCGACUCGCUGAGCAGCUCGACGGACCGUCCUGAGACGAGGGACAACGAGAAGGACUCGAACCCCUUCACCACUAGGCCGGGGUCGCUCGAGCUUCGACUGCAGCCGACCUUGACGUCGGAUUCCAAGCCGAGCCAGACCGUGCAGAAAUCCUUCAGCAUCCACGCCGGCGAGAGCACGGCCUUCCGCCUGUUCCGCAGCGGCACGGGGUCCAUGAUACCGACCAAGAAGGCAUCCUUUGGCUCUCUCAGGGGCGCCGCCAGCAUCCCGCACCCCGGCGUCGUCCGGUCCGCCACGGGGCUCUCCUCUAAGUUCGACACGGGCUCGACGGCGAGCGACUCGAAGAAGUCGAGCCGGUUCGGGCUGCGCAACAAGUCGAAUCCAAAAGAGGAGAACCAGGAGCAGUCGGACGACCUGACUAAGAUGAUAGCGCGGGCCAACAACUACAUGACCUUCGCCUACAUCAAGAUGCCGUCGGUUGUGCUCUGCCUCAGCUACAAGGGCAAGGGGGACCGCAACAUCGAGGACGUGCACGACUUUGUGUUCCGGCUCCCGACGAUCGAGUACCGGAACAAGACGUGGUCGAACCUGGACCUCGCGCUCGCGCUCAAGAGCAGGGUGAUCAAGGCGCUCAUCUCGCACACGGGCGCCAUCAUCGGCAACAAGUUCUCGCGGCACCGGCCCACGACGGCGCAGCAGUCGAGGCUGCGCGAAAUCGCCACCAGCUCGGUGCUGCUCAUGACGCCGCAGCAGCUGUCCGAGUCGCGCGACAACAGCGGCGACGACUCGUCGUCCCUCUACGGCACCUCGCCCGUCGACUUCUCGCGCUCCCCGCCCCGCUCCCUGCGCGGGAGCUCGCACUCGUCCAUCCCCGCCCCGCAACACCAGCCGCAGCGUCCCGGCAGCAGGAGCUCCAGCGUCGCCUCGUCGUUGCGCUCGCACCGCAGCACCAGCUACAACAGCAACAAUAGCAACAACAACCACGUCGUCUCGCAGCAGUCCGUCGGCGGGCCCAUCCCGAGCUUCCUCAUGAUGACGCCGCCGCUCCCCGCCGGGGAGGAAACGCCCAGCUCCAGCGGUAGUGGGUCGGGAAAGCUGUUUGGCAGGAGUAGCAGCCGCAACGGCGGCGGCGGCGGUGGCGGUGGCAGUGGUGGCAGCAAUAUACCGCGGCCGAGCAGCAGCGGGAGCUCACUCCUCGGCGGGGGAGGGGCCAAUGGCGGAGACCGGAGGCGGUCCGCCGGGGGUCAGGGCGGCGGCGGCGGUGGUGGUGGGGGGCGGUUCCUGCGCGACAAGCUCAACGCGUUUGCGGACCGGCUGAAGGAGCGGCAGGAGGGGUCGUCUUCGUCGUCGACGCCCACCGGCGGCGGCCGCGGGGAGAGAGAUGGGGGGGACGGGGACGGGGACGGGGAUGGGGAUACCAGGAGGGCGCUGGGUCGUAGCCAGAGGACUAAGACGACCUGA